UUAGUUAUAGUAGAAGUAUAUCGCUUCUACCUACCACUAGUUGAUUCCUAUAAUAGCGUCCAUUUGUGAUCAUUCCAUAGAUCAACUCGAGUGCCUCAACAAAUAUGGAUGCACGCUCUGCCUCUCUACUCCUACUAAAUUUGGUUCAUCUGUUUUUGCGCAUCUCAGCUCGUGAAUUCCUCUUGCCGGGCUCCUCUCUCUCCAUAGAGGAUAGCUCCCAUAUGCUCCGUUCACCAGAUGGCACUUUCACCUGUGGCUUCAAAAACAUUUCCCGAAAUGCCUCCGUCUUCUCUAUUUGGUUCUCCAAUACAGUUGACAAGACUGUCGUGUGGAGCGCAAAUCAUCUCCAUCCUGUGUACUCCUGGGGAUCCCGAGUCAUGCUAUAUGCGGAUGGCGGAAUGGUUCUAGAGGAUUACAAUGGACAGUCCGUGUGGGAAAACAAUGUCAACUCUUCAUCAAAAGCUGUAAAAGCUCAGUUAUUGGACACCGGGAACCUCAUCGUGAAGGGCCAAGGUGAUAUUAUUCUAUGGCAAAGCUUUCAUUCUCCUACUGAUACAUUGCUGCCCUAUCAGAACAUUACUAGUGCUACCAAGUUGGUAUCUACUAGUAGGUUACUUGUUCCUGGGCGCUACAGCUUUCAUUUUGAUGAUCAACAUCUACUCACAUUGUUUGAUGAUGAGAAGGAUAUCUCUUUUAUCUACUGGCCAAAUCCUAACAGUGACAUAUGGACAAAGCAAAGAAAUUCGUUUAAUACCACCACAAUUGGGGUCCUUGAUAGUUGGGGGUAUUUCCUUGGAAGUGACAAUUUAAAUUUUAAGGCUAGUGAUUGGGGCAUUAGGAUUAUGAGGAGGCUAACCUUGGAUUAUGAUGGCAACCUUAGAUUAUAUAGUCUAAAUAAGACAGAUGGAACAUGGUUGGUCACAUGGAUGGCACUUCCUCAGACCUGCUCUAUACGUAGUCUAUGUGGUACGAAUGGAAUAUGUGUGUAUACACCUAGGCCUUCUUGUGCAUGUGCCCCUGGACAUGAGAUCAUCGACCCAAAUGAUAGGAGCCAAGGUUGCAGGCCGAAAUUCAAUACUAGUUGUGAUGGGCAGGAGAUGUUUGUGAAGCUACCAAACACUGACUUCCGAGGUAAUGACCAAAGUAAGAAUACCUCAGUUUCAUUUCAUACUUGCAAGAAGAUAUGCUUGAACGACUGCAAUUGCAAAGGUUUUUUAUACUGGCAAGCAAGUGGAGGUUGCUAUCCAAAGUCGUCCCUUUUGGGUGGUGAAAUGAGGCCGGGUUUGGGUCGUUCUAUCUAUAUCAAGCUUCCUAAGACAUUACAGAGGUGAUAUUUGUGGCACUAGGGUGCUGGUUUUUGUUGAGAAGGGAGGGAAAGCAGUUACCAGGAGUAUGGCUAGCUGAGAUUGGCUAUGAAAUGAUAACCAACCAUUUUCGCGGAUACACUUACAAGGAGUUGCAGAGAGCGACUCAAAAGUUUAAGGAUCAAAUUGGGUGCGGGGCAUCUGGUCAUGUAUACAAGGGGGUCUUGAAGGACAAGAGGGUAGUGGCAGUGAAAAGGUUGGCAGACAUAAACCAAGGCGGGGAAGAAUUCCAACAUGAACUAAGUGUGAUUGGGAAGAUUUACCAUAUGAAUCUGGUGAGGGUAUGGGGGUUUUGUUCUGAUGGCCCACACAGGAUAUUGGUUCUAGAGUACGUUGAGAAUGGUUCAUUGGAUAAAACUUUGUUUAGUAGCACAAGGUUACUUGAAUGGAAGGAAAGGUUUAAUAUUGCUAUAGGGGUGGCAAAAGGAUUGGCAUAUCUUCAUCAUGAAUGCUUGGAGUGGGUUAUCCAUUGUGACCUGAAGCCUGAAAAUAUAUUGUUGGAUGACAACUUGAACCCGAAGAUCAGUGACUUUGGCCUUGCUAAACUUGUGAGUAGAGGUGGAUCCAAUGAAAAUGUGUCGAAGAUCCAUGGAACAAGAGGUUACAUAGCUCCUGAGUGGGUCUCUAGCCAACCAAUAACAGCAAAGGUUGAUGUCUACAGCUUCGGAGUGGUUGUCUUGGAACUACUGAAGGGGGCUCGUGUUUGAGACUGGGCAUCAAAUGCUGACGAGGAAGUGGAAACGGUCUUUGGAUGGGUCAUUAGGAUGCUUGCAGAAAAUCUAAUGAUGGAGGGUGGCCAACAGUUAUGGAUCUCCGACUUCGUUGAUUCGAGAUUGAAUGGCCAGUUCAAUGAGUUGCAAGCAAGAACUAUGGUCAAGUUGGCCAUUUCUUGUGUAGAAGAAGAUACCAGAAAAAGGCCCACCAUGGAAAAUGUUGUGCAAAUGCUUCUUUCGGUUGUUGAUGCAUAAUGCAACAACAUGCUACCCCCCAAAAAAGGAGUUUGACGUUAUGUAUACUGUGCAACAUGUCAUGUAAUGCUUAUUAUAGUUGUAUCCACAACAAGGUAUCUAUGAUGUGUAUCCUGUUUGAGUAAGCACGUCGUGUAUCUAUAUUAGUGUAAGUUCGCUUUUGUUUAUGGUUUGAAA